AUGUUAAAGAUUGUUGGCGCUCUGGAUUCAGCACUAAUGAAGUUAACACGUUGCGAACCACUCGGUGUUGAAGAACAAUACUGCGAGUCGGUCAAGAGGUGUGAGGUGCGAGAACAGAGCGCUAACGAACCGUCGCCGUCCGCAAAUAGUCCGCGAGAAGUGCGAAACGGUCGCGGGGCUACAAUUGGCGUCUGCCCCGAGAACGUUGCGAGGUGA